AUGAGCAACGCCAACUCGGUCAGAGUUGUAGUCGACAAAGACACAGUUUCCAGGUUCGCCUCGUGCCAGUCUGCCACGCUAAACCACCUCAACAAGUACGAAACACUAACCAGCAUGCUGAACUACGUGCUGUCGUAUUCUGUGGUGUCCAGCACGAUAUCCGCAGUGCUUACAGUGCUAUAUCGCGCCAGAGUCGUCGCAGUGGACUCUCCCAAGUCCCCACAGGCCGUCAAAAAGGGCUACCAGCUCAGCGUUUCCGCGCUGCGGAAAAUGGAUGAGUGGUUCAAUCUGCUCGUGCUGCGCGAAGGAAUUGACGAGUUCCUAGGCGAGUACCGCACGCACAACGGCAAGCCUGGAUUCUGGGUCGUUUUGUAUAUGCUCGACUACUGUGCCAACGUUUCCAACCUGGUGUUGAAAGAACUAGUGGUGAAACCCCUAAAUUUGGGCAAGAAGUCAUCGGGCCCCGCAGAAGCUGCCCAUGAAAUACAAACCGAUGGCGUCUCGAGUACCGGCCACACCCAGCCGGAAUCAUUGCCUCAUAUUAAGGAGCUUGCCGGAACUACCCGGUCGCUAAGCCAAGAGCUACAUUCCAAAUUACAAUCAGACUAUAUCGAACCCACCAGAAGUAAGCUUCAACAGGAGUACAUUGAACCUACUAAAGACAAAAUAAAUGGCACCCGCGAAUACGUCACUGAAAAGUACGGCGAAUUCAUCAAGCCUACUUACAACUCCGCAUACCAAACGGUUUACGAAAAGUAUGAGGGUAACCUGACUACAUCGGAGAGCGUCCCAAGAGCCAUCGUUUCCACGGGUGUCGAUCUUGGCCACAUGACUCUUGACAAAUUGAAGAACGGCGUCGCUCACGGAGUCGAUACUGUGGAGCCAAAGGCCCAAGGCGUUGCCGAAGAGGUCAAUGAAACAGCUGCUUCCAUGUUGCAAAAUGCUAAAAACAUCGCCAAUGAGGCUUUGUAG